AUGACUGUUGUUGCUCCUCCACCAAACCCGUCUCUUGUUGCCAUAAUUCUCGUGAUUCAAGCACGAUCAGGACCACGCUUCGUUUACCACUAUCCCCCUUCACCACUCUCAAGAGCGGGGUUGGAUAGCUUUGAGGAAGGGCCUUCCUCCUAUGAGAACUCGAGUGUUCCAGACGACGACAUCACAAGUACAUCCAACGAGGAGCUUCUGGCUGAUGAAUACGGUAGAGGUAGGACAAAGCUGAAACGUGCCGAUUUUACAGACGAAGAGGACGAAAAUAGCUCAAGUCCCGGGACAGACGACAAGCAGCAUGGAGGUUGGCGAGUUCCAUGGGAGAACCUUCUUGGCCUGGACGCGAGUGCACUCGAAAGGCUGCUGAUGCCAUCGGAUAGAAGCUGGCAUAAGCGGAAGUUUGAGGUCGGCUUCAAUGACUUGGUCUUCGUCGGCUGGCCCAUCUUCAUCCGAGAAGAUGGAACCUGGCGCAAGAAAAGGCGAAAGGAGCGUGUUAACACCGUCAAAGCAGAAGAUAACAGAGUCGACUCAAGUCUCGAAGUGGUGCAUAAGGGGGAAUAUGCUACAGAAGACGAACUUAACCAUGAAAGACAUGUGGAUCUUGAGAACUCUCCGGCCACUAAUCCAGCCUCGAGCCAGGCGGAUGAAAGCCGAGAGAUGACCAUCUUCAAUGUCGUUUUUGUUCUCAAUCCUCCAAUACUCGAAUAUAGUCUUCGAGUUAACGAGAUGUACGAUCACGUGGUAAAAAAGCUGGGGAAAGCGUUGAAAUGGGAGCAAGCUCGUGCAAAUUACGUGUGGCAGCAAUCGGAUCUAAUCUUGAAAGCGAAAACUCAAGCUCGUCAUAAAAGGUCGUCUAUUACAGCUCUCUAUGCGACACUCCUACGGAUCUCCUCUCUUGCAAGCGCAAUUGCGACGAUUUACGACAAUAUAUCUCGCUCUAUGAUUGCGGCCAUAACUCUCACACCAACCGUUCCUAUAUCACUGCAGAUCCCACCUGUAACCUCAACUUCUGUCCUUCCUUCCAGUACCGAUCCACCAUCUGCCCGUACACAGCCUGGCGUAUGGCUUACCACGGCGACAGCAGGCAGCUCCGAUGAAAUAGCUGACACUGAUCAUCCUCAAUCUGCAAUGUCUCUCGCCAAACACUUCACACUCCUUCUUCUCGAUAAAGAAUCCAAGAUUCUGGCAGACAUCUCCCAGUCUGGUGGACCUCUCGCUGCAGCACUCGCUCACUAUAUACGCGUGUCGUCUCCCACGAAAUCGUUUGCGAAAAUAUCAGCUCUUCAUUCAAUUUCCCUUCCCGACAUCCAGCUCUUGGCACAGCAUCUCGUCGACUGGCGGCGCGCUCGAGCUAUCCCUCCUUUGCACCAGCGCGAUACCUAUAUCGUUAGUCCCAAUGCCGACCUCAAAAAGCUUUCUACGGCUGUAAAGUCGUAUGAGUCCGCAUUUCCGACCUUACCUUCGUUGCCGAAAAUGCUACAAGCGCUUAGUGGUAUUCCACGGCCAUACUCGUCCCUCAUUCCCAGCAAGGAUCACAAGCAAGCAUACUUCAGGAUCUUGGCUUGGUUGCUACGUGGAGGCUGGGUCACUCAAUUGCGCUCUUUUGCUUUCGUGAGGAUCGACUCAAGUAUCAAGAUUGCUGUCAAGGAACAAACGAAGACAGACCGAAAUGGGAAGGGCCCGUCUGACAGGGACAAUCCUUUGGAAGCAAGUCAUGACACGAUCACCUCUCUGCAUCUUGCAAAACGACCAAGCAUGGUCAGUCGCGUCAGCAGUGAUAUCAGGAGCUCCACCUCUUCUCAUUCCAAUCCUAAGAUGAACUCAAUAAUUCUGCAGCCGGCGCGGGCGUCGCCUACCGAGUCCAAGUGGCUGGACUACAUAGCGGAUCAUUUACAUGAGCUACUUUCUGCGGACUUGCAUGAAGACGAAGUUCUGGAGUUACAACAGUGCUGGCCGACGUUUACUAGGUAUUUCAACGGCAUGGAACCACUUGAGAAGAUCCCGGUGCGAGAGGGACUGAAGCGAAAGGCUGCGUGGGACCUCCUCAAUAGAUUAGGCCUAUUUGAAUCACUUUCAAAUGAGGCAGCACGUCAGAGAGAUACUCAACAAAGGAUCCUAGUGGGAUUUCGGCAUUGGUAA